AUGACCACCGCUCACCGUCCCACCUUCGACCCGGCCCGAGGUAAAGAAGCACUCCGUGGCCCGGCCUACCACCAACGCCUCCUGCCAGCGCACACCCAUCUCAAGUUCCGCCAAGCCGGCCAGGGCGGCAACGCAGACGACGAGUCCCACGAUCUCAGAGCCGAGCUCCUCGCCGCCGAGGCCGCCCACUUCGCCAAGAAGAACGGCGGCGCGCCUCCCACAUCCGCAGACGACGAUGCUACCGCCGAAGUGCCCUCGGGCGGCAUCAAGCGCGCUCUCGAGGCCGGGUCACAAGCAGAUGGUGAAGAGGACUUUGAAACGAAGCGGAGGAGGAUAUUGGAAGAGUCGCGGGACGUCGACGCAUCUUCGGACGAGGAGGAGGAUGAAGAAGACGAUGACGACGACAGUGACGAGGACAGCGACGAUGAGGAGGCGGAGCUACAGCGUGAAAUGGAGAAGAUUCGUCGCGAGAGAGCGGAGAAAAGGGAGCGUGAAGAGAGGGAGAGGGCCAAAAUUGAGGAGGAGGCUCGGGAGAGGGACAUUGCGCUGGGGAACCCGCUAUUGAACAAGCCCGAUUUCAACAUGAAGAGGCGGUGGGACGAUGAUGAUCUCCUGCGCUCCGACUUCCAUAAGCGAUUCAUGAGCAAGUAUGUUAGAUAG